UUCCCCUGUCCACCCGCCGGUUUUCCUUUUCAGUCCACUUCUCCUCUCCUGCUUCAGCCUUCCGUCGGGUGUGCACAACACCUGCAUUUCUUGACUCCUCUGACUGCUCACAUCGACACCGAUCAGAUCCAUCCUGGAAUCAGGGGCUCUCUGUCUCCAUCUCCACUCUCCGCAAAAGGACAUGUGGACUCUGCUCACCAUGCAGCCCCUGGCUCUGCUGCUCCUGCUGAUGAUGCAGCCACUGCAAUUUAUAAUUCUGAAGAACUUUGGUGAUUUCACAGAUGAAAAGCUAGAAGAGUUUGAAGAUUACUUGGGGGACAUAUACAGCCCAGGACCUGCCAAACCUCCUACCAAAGAUACUUUCCUAAGGCGUAUUAUUAUCGAUCCUGGAAGACCACUAACUGAUUCAGCCUACUGUACUGAAGAAAUCAAGAUGAAAAACGUUCACAACAAUUUCAGUUGUGUCAGAGAACAUUUCUUCCUCCAAAUAGCAUAUGAGGACGUGCAAAAGACCUGUAAAAACUUACAUGUGCCUUGUAAGAAUGGAGUUAAGAAAUGUCACAGGAGCAAGGAAGUAAUAGAAGGAGUCUAUUGUAAUUUAACACGAGGAGCUAAAAUGACAGACUGUGAAUAUGACUCUUUUUAUAGGCAGGGCUAUGUCCUUAUUACUUGUCGAUGGCAAAAUAAUAUUCAGGAAAUUGUUCCUGUUUACGUAGAUGAUAUUAUGGCUCUGGAUAAUGAUGUGAAAGCCAACAUCUACCACAAUGCAAAAAAGUAGCCAUUCUAAAAGAAUAUUCUCUAAGAAGGCAAGAGUAGGAGGAUAUAACCUUCUCCAUACUGAUCCUUGCAGGUCAAAAUCAAGAAUGCUCAUUUUGAUCCCAUUCAUUUUAGUCAUCCACCAUCUCCCUUUCUUCUCCUAACACCAUGCAAAGGCAACGUGGGCUAAGUUGGUUGAUGGCGCUCUGAGAAGUGGUUUCAAAAGGUCAAGUACUUUAGCACAUUUUGAGUGUGUUAUGAGGAUGAACGCCUGCAGUGACAGAGAGCCAGCUCCAAGAGAAACAGGAAAUGGUCGUCUGGAGUGUACUCCUGUGUUGUGUUCAUGUGAACCCCUAGUUGAGUAGAACUAAUAAAGUGCAUUGACCUAG